AUGGAGACUAUCAGCAACAUCGCAAGCAGCGCCAGCAAGCUCAUCUAUGGAGACCCAAAGGCGGAGUCGGGUCAAGAGCCCAUCUCGGGUCAGUCGGGACGGGGAACGAUAGAUUCGCCGUACGACAGCGGCAACCUUGAGGGCGUCCCCGACAUGUCUGGAAAAUCUGCUUCGGAGCUGCACAGCGGCACCAGCCACCUCACCGCAAACCCCGCGUCCAACCCAGUUGGCGCAGAGGAGGGUUUGCCCGACCGCACCAAGAACUUCGGCGAGAGCAGCACUGGCCCCGAUACCACCACCACCACAUCCUCAACCUCCGACCCCCUGAGCAGCGGGACCUCCACCAUCCCUCUCAGCAGCGGCGGCACCUCCACCACCAACCCGCUCGGCGGCAGCAGCACCAGCGACUCCUACACCACCCCCUCAACCACCACCACGGGCGUGACGUCGCUGCACUCGAGCGACCCGCACGGCCAAGACGUGCGCCCCAGUGAGUCGUCGGCCACGUCCACGACACCUAAGGCUGGCGCCUUCGGCACGGCCGAGCCCAGCGUCAGCGCAGACCCGGCCAGCGGCGCGCACACGACGCAGAAGCAGCAGGGCGGCGACAGGCCGGCGGAGGCGCCGUCGUCGAGCGAGGAGUUGGAGGGGGUGCGGGGCAAGAAGGAAGAGGGGGAAGAUGCGUUGUUGAAGAAGAGGGAUCCGGAUGAUCAUUCGGGGGAGCCGUUGAAGGUUCAUGAUGGGAAGGGUUCUGGGGCGGCCGGUGGUGGUGUGGGGGAGGAAGGGGGCGAGGAUAAGGAGGCGAAGGGGACGGGGGAGAAGGUGGUGAAGCAGUCGGGCUUCAAGGCGGAUGGGGGCGACUUUGAUGCGAGUUUGCCCGGGGCGGGGCGGGAGGCUGAUCGACUGCUCGAGGAGAAGGGUGUGAACAAGUCGAGCGGGUCGGACGCCAAGGACGAUACGUCUCCCGUGCGUCAUGACGACGAGAGCAGCGGUGGUAAGAGCAAGGUCAGCGUGGGAACCAAGAUCAAGGAGAAGCUGCACAUCGGCAGCAAGCACAAGAACGGCGAGUAA